CGAGUUGUGCCACCCGUGCUGGCGUUUCGUCUCGGAUCUCUGGGCUUUCUCACUCCUUUCCCGUUCCGUAAUUUUCCUGCCCACUUGAAGGUCGCCAUGGAAGGCUCUCCAAACUGUCUGCUUCGCAUGCGACUUUGUUGCCAGAUUUUACGGGACAACAAUUCUGCACCCUCAUCACGCAAUCACACACCGUCUGACGAGUCCUCGGACGGAUCGAAGUCGCGGGGGAGUUCACCGGACACCGAGUACCACUUUCUGAACGAGUUGGUUAUUGACCGGGGUCUGUCACCCUUUCCCUGUGACCUCAUGGUUAAAGUCAAUGGUCGAAAAGUCACACACUUUGAAGGUGAUGGCUUAAUGGUGAGCACUCCCACGGGCAGUACUGCUUAUUCUAUGGCCACGGGGGCGAGCCUUUUACACCCAUGGGUGCCCGCAUUUCUGCUCACUCCGAUCAACUCGUUGGCUCUCAGCUCCCGGGCUAUCGUGUUGCCAAUCAAUUUGCGUCUGGAAAUUGCAAUUGCUCCGGGUGCACGGUGUCGCGCUGUGCAUUUCUCGUUUGACGGACGAUCUCGAGCCUCCAACUUAAUCCACGAGGGUGAUUCGAUUCUGGUCACCAACUCCCCGUACCCUAUGCCAUGUCUGUGUGGUUCGGAUCAAGUGAGAACCUGA